AUAUUCGGUUAGUGCGUUACGAUGUCGUCGGAAUCAGGACUUGAGACUGACUAUUUGACGUUGACACGCUUCAUUAUACAAGAACAGAGAAAAUUUCCGUCUGCUACAGGUGAGCUGACACAGCUGAUGAAUGGCCUGCAAACAGCUAUUAAGGCUGUUUCAAUAGCUGUUCGUAAAGCAGGGAUGAUUAAUCUUUAUGGUUUAACUGGUUCCAGUAAUGUUCAAGGUGAAGAUGUGAAAAAAUUAGAUGUUCUAUCAAAUGAUUUAUUUAUCAAUAUGUUAAAAUCAUCUUAUUCAACUUGUUUACUUAUCUCAGAAGAAAAUGAUAAAGCUAUAGAAGUGGAAUUCGAUAAACGAUGUGGGUGUGCUACUUAUAUUGACAUAAGUAGUAUAUGAUGUUAGUCGUGAACAGAAGGUCUGGCAACAGAAAGAUAAGAGGAUCGAACAAUAAAGAAUGGGACAGGAUGCAAUUUAUAUGGAAAUGCGAGAACAAUGAAGUCUGAGUCAUUUUGAGACAAUUGGUGGACAUUUUGCAAAUUAAGGAUUUACUUUAUGAUUGUUAGAUUUUAUUAACAAGUCCUAUAAUUUUGUGUUAAAUACAUUUGUUUUUCCCCACCCGUGUUCUUGUUCACUACAGUAGUUGUACUUCUUGACUUUAAAUGGAGAAUCUGACUCAAUUAAUCAGGAGUGUUUUUUUGACAAUGUCUCUUUGUCUGUCUAUUGUUAAAAUAUGUACCGAAUAUAUGCAUAAACCUUGUGAUGGGUCUCUAUACAAACACUAUAAUUUGAUUUAGAGCUAAUGACAAACUGUCACCAGAAUUUUCAACUUUAAUUGGUAUUCGUCAGGGUUUCCAGUUGUCCCUCUUUUUAUUUAAUGCCUUCAUCGAUAUCCUCCCAUAAAUCGCAUGGAUUGGUCUCCUACCAGCAAGUACAAUUAUUGAUUUAUACUACACAGAUGGUAUAGUUCUGCUUUUUUUGUAGAUGAAGCAUCUUCUGAAGUCUGUGAGUAAUAAAGCAGUUAUGUUUGCGAUCUGAUUCUCUCAAUAUAAAUACAAACUGUUUCUUUAGGACUGCCCUUCUCUGUCGUUUGAAAUUAUCAUAAGGAGUGAAGUAGUUGCUUCCACUUUCCAUGUCACUUUUCUUAGAGUCUCACUUAACCAUACUGGGUUGAUGUUUGGUGAAAUCUCGGUACCGAUCCAGAAAGCUCGGCUAGUAUUUGGUAACUUUAAUCUCUUUGUGUCGUAGUAAAGAUGUCUCUCUGCCAAUUAAAGGCUGAAGCAAUUGAGACAUGUUUGUAUAUCCUCGAUUACCUCGUACUUCGAUGCUCAAAGUUGGUUGGUGUAGAAACAAUUCGAAAGAAAGCCAGGUACAGCCAAGUCAAAACGUAACAUUAGCUCAUAAGAUGGUUGACUGUUGGUCUGAGGCAUGUUGGUAGGUGCAGACUAUCUUUUUGAGGUCUGUGUGAUGACCACAGUCAUUGUUUAAGAAUAUUGAGUUGUGUGGCUGAGAAUCAAUCGAAAUGAGCAGAUGGAUUCAUUCCCCUUGAUCUUAAGUUCCAGCAUUUGUUUAUGCUUAUCUUUUCAUCUUGUUUUCUUAAACUAUCUCUAAUGUUUCAUCUUUAUCACUAUCAUUGUUACUACAGUUAUUUUAACUCGUUUGCUAUUUAUCUUAUUAACUCAAUCUUGUGAUUGUAGUGUCUAGUACUAUAUCAAGCCCACAUAAGUUACUCUAGCUUACUGACAAACAAGUUUAUUUAUUUUUCUUGAGUCACAUUUUAACAUUAGCAAUUAUUCGCUUAUAUUAACCUUAACGUUUUAUAUAAACGUAUAUGUGUGUAUCUCUUACCGUAUUCAUCAUGUGUCUGUAGUUUACUUUUGUCUGACUAUAAGUAUUGAGUCAAAUUUUAUCAAAUGGAGUCUGUACUAUUCCUUUCUCCGAUCUGCUUCUUCGUUUCGUUUCUCAUAUUGUCUGUCUGGAGUAACGAGUGUAUGAAAUAUAAGUAUCCAGAACUCAUUCUCGCAUUUGACCCUUUUCAUUCUGUUAAUAUUCAACGCUAAUUAACUCGAUAAUUAUAUACGAGGGUAGCCGAGAUGUAUAUUUCGUUAAUGUCAUCAUAUAUUCAAAUCAGAGUUAGAUCAACGGGCCUCUAAAUGCUGACUUAAUAUGAUAUCUCAGGCUUUAAUAUUGAUUAUUAUUAUUAUUAAUCGAUUGGUGAAGAGUUCCAAAAUAUUCCUCGGAAAAGUCCAUAGGAGCCCAGGAAACUCCUGGAGACGUUUUAUCCAAUCAGUGUUGAAUAGAUGCUUCUCAGAACCAUCUAGGAGGUGAAGAGUCACUUAUCAUAUUUCUGAUUGGAUAUUUACCCAUCAUGCUACUAUAUUUAGUAUGGUUGCAGAACUCCACAGAUGCCCAAGGUCGUUUGUAACUCCAUGAAGGAAUAUUGGAGUGAAGCGUUCUUUUCACACUUCACACCUUAUUCCGUAUGUUCAGGUUGUUGUGUGAAUUGAGCUCGGGUGUUAGAAGCAGCUAAGAAAUCGAAUCGAGCGUUCAUUAUGGAAACUUAACGAGUGUAUAGAAUAAAAAUAUCUGUUUAAUUAAAUUAAUUUAUAUAAAAUUCACUUCGUUUUGUACAAUCAGUGUUUUAUCACUAAACCCUACAUAAAGACCGGUUUAGAUCAAAGUUAACCAUAUAGACUUGUACUUGAUUACUGGAUAACAAUAAAUUAAAACUGAGAAACAUAAUAUGACCCGUGAUUGUAUUCACUAAUGCAACUCCCUAGUUGGUUUAUAAAUACAGAUCUAUCUUAUUAUUAAUAAUAAACAGGUUUAUUUUAAAACAAUGGUAGGGAUAUAUUUAAUUAAAUAAUUUGAAUUUCAGCUUAUUGGACAAUUGAAUCAUGAUAUUGUUUGCAAGAGGUAUUUCAUGGAGUUCUAGUAAGAAACACUGACCAGUGGAGUUCAACCGGAUCUGUUGUGGGAUAGUAACUCACUGAAGACAGUGGUGGAUAUGUCGCUCAAUUUGAUGGAUUAGUUGAAGUAAGACAUUAACACCGUUGGAUGCCGGCCAGCUCAGUGGUCUGAAUGUUAAGUGCUCUCGCGCGAGACCGAUAGGUCCUGGGUUCGAAUCUCGCGGGACAGGAUCGUGAAUGCGCACUUCCACUGAGGAGUUCGACAAGCAGACGAAAUGGUCGUCCAGUGCUUCCAGGUUUUACAUGAUGGUCUAGGUUCAGUUGACUCAUGAUCUCAACCAUCGAAAGUUUACAUAUCUGUUGAACUUGAAAUAUCUUAUUAUAUAAGUUUAAUUAGUAGUAUAAUGGACAAAUCAAUCAGAUUUAUGAUAGCAGACUUUGAAUCUUGGCGCAAAAUCCAUUCAUCCGUAUGAUUAAUCAGCAUUUCGUCAUUACCAGUUAGUCAGUCAGUUACAACGUAAGACCAGACACAUAUAGGUAUUGGUUCAAGUUGCCAUACCUCAUCAACACCGGGUUCAUAGAAGGGGUUAAUUCACUGAUGUCAACGUAUAAAAGAAAGAUUGAGUAUAAGGAUAUAGUAUAGGAAGAAAGAAUUAGUUCGUAGAAAGAAUGAUAUGAAACGAUUUUAAUCUCAUAGUUUAAGGGAAGACAGAGAGUGUAUACACCUACACUUAUUGUGAUCGAUUCUGAACCAUGUCACACAUAAUGUCCAACCAUUGGUUACGAUAGUCAUUAUAGAUGAUGUCAGUUCUUUAUGGAAACUUUAACUCUAAAUUCAAAUCCUUAUUCCUCACACUAAUUUAUAACCUUCUUUAAGUCUUAGGCUGUAGGUGAACUGUCUUCAAGUCGCUUUAGCGUCCUCUAUAAAUUAUGAUAGCUAAUAACUCGGUAUUAGCUAAGAUGGAGUUCUUAUAUUAAGUUUCAAAUUGUAUAUGUUAGACAUGUGGCAGUUGUAUGUGUAUUAUGUAGUCUAAUAUUAAUACAUAUAUUACUGUUACAUGAAUACGAGGCCAACCUAUUUGUUGAGUGAGAGAAAACCAAGUGUGAUUAGGAAGCUUUUAUUCGCUUACCAAAUCCACAUAUGUGUACAAAUGUAUCAUUUCGAAAAUUUUAAGUCAUUAAUGUAUAUCUGUUUUUCUUUCCGAAAAUUGAGCGAAAUUUUGUCCAUUCACGUGGACCUAUCAACAUCUUCCACUUAUCAUGUGGCCUUGAAGUUACAUGUCUGAUUCACUCGGUUUAUCACCUUUCUUCCUGGAAAAUAAGUUUUGCUUCAGGUUCAGGUGUUGAAGUAAAGGCACGUCAACAUCUCUAACUAAAGUGGAUGAAGGGAGAGUAGACUUAACAUUACUGAGAUAUAACCCUCAUAACAAUCAAAUAUCAUUCACUUGGAAAAGGUUGCAUUUUCCUUGUUCAAGUGUUGUAGAACUAUUGAAACCAGAUGAUUAUAUGAAAACUGUUUGAAGCUGGCUACAUGUAAGAAUUAGAAUGUAUAUAAUGUUAGGUCGUUGAAGGCAGUCUGGAGAAUACUCUAGGCUUAGGUUUUAUCCUAGUAAGCAUUCAUCAACAAAGCAUAACUGAAGUAUCUUAGCAACUGGUAGUUUUUGUAGGAUCUCAACUUGCAUCAUCACUGAGUGAGCUAUUCUAGCCAUAAUUCUCAAAUUUUUACAGCUUCUAGUUUAUUCUCCAUAUUUUGAUCAACUACCCUAUCAACUAUCCUAUAGGAUUUGGUAGAGUUCUUUUAAACUGUACUUUUUUGUGAGUUACAUCAACCUUGUCGUCAAUUUGUGUGACAUAAUAACUUUCAUGAUGCUAUUUCCUACCAGUUUUUUUUCACAAAACUAUCAUCUUUUAUUCAUUGUAUUUUUUGUAGGGAAAAUAUAUUGUUUGUUUUGAUCCAUUAGAUGGUUCAUCAAAUAUUGAUUGUUUAGGUUCAAUUGGUUCAAUAUUUCUUAUUUUACGUUCAUCAUUACAUAAUGAGAAAAGUGAAAUAUCUCAUAAAUUAGCAUUACAACCUGGUCGUCAAGCUGUUGCUGCUGGUUAUGCUUUAUACGGUAGUGCUACGAUGUUUGUUUUAACUGUUGGAACUGGUGUACAUGGUUUUACAUUGGAUCCAGCAAUUGGUGAAUUCAUACUGACACAUCCUAAUAUCUCUGUUAAACCACGUGGAAAUAUUUAUUCAAUUAAUGAAGGUUAUGCAAGUCUUUGGGAUAAUGCUAUUACAGAAUAUAUUCGAAUGAAAAAAUUUCCUGAAUCGGGUAAACCUUAUAGCGCACGUUAUUGUGGAUCUAUGGUUGCUGAUGUUCAUCGUACAUUAAUUUAUGGCGGAAUAUUUCUUUACCCAAGUACAAAACAAUCUCCUAAAGGAAAGCUAAGAUUAUUAUAUGAAUGUAAUCCAAUGGCAUUUAUCAUAGAACAAGCUGGUGGCUUAGCAACAAAUGGUAAAAUUCCCAUCUUAGAUAUACAACCAAAUCAUAUACAUGAUCGUGCACCAAUCUUUCUUGGUAGUCAAGAUGAUGUCAAAGAAUUAAUGUGUAUUAUUGAAAAAUUCUCUAAUCAUAAUAAACCAUAACUUUAUUAUCAAAUAAGUAUUAGAAAAAGAAAGGGGGGGCGCGGAGCUUUAUUAAUAUUCUAGUCAUUUGAAUAAUAGUUGAAUACAUGAAUGAAUUUAAAGUGCUAGAUCAUUAUGGAAAACUUAGGCAUAAUAAAUGUUGGUUUCGUCCUUACUGUAGGACUCUUCAGGAGCAACCUUCGUCGAAAUAAUUGUCUAGUGUUAUCAGGUUUUCCAUAGUGAUCUAAAUUCAAUUAAACUUGUAAUUUCAACUAUUCAAAUUGUUCUUAAUUGUUUAGCUUUCUUUUUUCUUCUCAUUUUGUUCAUUUAUCCUUAUGUGUUUGUGUUAAGUUUGAAUAAGAAAAACAAACAACAUAUUGUUAAAUCAAUCUGUAUUUUCUUGUAUUAUUUGUUUAUUUUGAUGUUUAUGUGAUUGAAUGCUGGAAUAGUUCUCUAGUGGUUUAAAGAUGUUCAAUCUUCAUACUACUAGAUAGUGUUAUAUCCAUUCGUCGCAAUUGUUGUGCCGGAAAAUGCCGCUGAUCACUUAUACUCGGAACGAGGAACCUCGGCAAUUCCCACCAUGUGAAAGUAAGAACAAAAAGACUGGUAUAAGUGAAGAUUUAUUAGCCCCAAAACAUUAUGACGACGACGAUGAAUCGAAAUAGUCAAAAAUACACUGGUUUAUAUAUUGAUUGUACACCCAUUUUCAUUAAUAAUUAGGAUGAAAUCACAUACUCAGUUAUAACAACUCACUUACUGAGCCUAGUUCAUUUCAAUGGAAUACAAGAAUAUCUCGCAUAUUAUACAGAAGAAAAUAUCAUACGAGAAAAGAAAACAACUACUACAUUGAGUAAUUAUUACAUUGAAUUAGAAGUGAAGUAAUGUUGAACAAAACUCAUAAUGAGUAAUUCAACCGAAAAUCGACUUCUUUCCAUCAUAUCAAAUAGUAGGUUUGAACUCUACUUCGGUUUAGACAAUUGGAGGGUAAUAUUAUUAGGUCUUAUUAUACCUAGAAUGUGGCUCAAAGUCAACUAUACCAAUUCCUAUUCGUUAUUGAAUCCACAAAACCCCUUCUGAUAUUAAUCAAAAUAUGUGCACUAGUGACUGGAUUUAAGAGGUAUCUUUUCUGGAGUUCUAAUGAGAAGCAGUGAACAGUGGAGUUCAACCGGAUCUGUUGUGAGAUAGUAACUCAUUGAUGACAAUGGUAAAUGUGUUGCUCAAUUUUGCGGAUUAUUUGAAGUUAGACAUUAACAUUGUUGUAUGCCAGUCAGCUGAGUGGUCGGGAUGUUAAGUGUUUGGGUGCAAGACCGAUAGGUCUUAGGUUCGAAUCUCGCGAGACAGGAUCAUGGAUGCGCACUUCUGAGGAGUCCCACAAUAGGACGAAACAGCCGUUCAUUGCUUCCAGAUUUUUCUAUGAUGGUGUAGUUUCAAUUGAUUCAUGAUCUCAACUAUUAAAAUUAUUAGUAAUUUGUUUAAAUACUUUGAAUAAUGUGUUUCAGAAUCGUCUGCAAUGGCGUCACUUAAAUCUCAACUAGAUUGAGAGAAUUCUAUCAGCACCAAGGAAUAGACAAAUAUGACAUUAGUUACUACUCAAUAAUCGAUCAAUAUAUAUCUUUUAGUCUCAAAGCGGAUUAAUUAUGGCGCUAAUAGUUCAUUAACAAUUCUUCAGAUUGUGAGACUAAUUGAUUUAGGUUUAAAUUCACAAAGGGUCGAUAGUCUCUUCCAGGUUAAAUAUAUUACCUAUUGACAAAUGUCAACUAACAAAGAAUUCAGUUCAAUAGUUUCCUACCGAAUACCUUCAAUUAUCUAACUUAAAGUCAACUAAAGAGUAUACAGGUAGUAAGCUAAAUAAAUAAUGCACAUUGUAAAAUGAAAUCUUCAGAAUUCUUAAUCAUUGAUUUAAAUAGAGAUGUAUUAACUGUUCAGUUAUUCGCUGUUUUCGAUUGAGAUCAUAAACUGACUGAUCUAAGAACACUAUUGAGAACCUAGAAGCACUGGACGACCGUUUCGUCCUAUUGUGGGACUCCUUAGCGGUGCGCAUCCCAUGAUCCUGCUCACGGGAUUCGAACCCAGAGCCUUCAGUCUCACGCGUGAACGCUUAACCUCUAGACCACCCGAGAUGGCCGGCAUCCAACGAUGUUAAUGUAUAACCUCAAACAAUCCACUAAAUCGUGCGACAAUCUUCCAUUGUAUUGAGGUAAAUACCUGUCUCUAACCGACAUGGAUUAGCUUCGCUGUUUAUCAUACAAUAUUCCCUAAACUUAUGUUUCAUUCACGUAUUUUCACCGAAUGUCAGAUCAUUUAGACUAGUGAUCAUAUCAAAACUUUAUUGACAGAAUUCUAUGCUUACUAAGAAAGAGACAAACAUGACAAUGUU